UCCGUCGUAUUGUGCUGCUUUUUCACAUGCUGUGUUCUCGAUAAAAGUCAAAAGAACAUUUUGCUAUUGUGAUUACAUAAAUUGAAGUUUUAUGGAAAAAUUUCGUGAGAACAAAGCAAAUGGCACGUUGAGACAGCUGAGCUUGUUUUUCGCACUGAUGUGACAAGAACAAACCAAAGUACGAACGGCAUUUCUAUUAAGGAAGAUUUGAAACCUCGACGUUUCAGUCACCCAUCCUUUUGCUGUCAGCGCUUAUCUCGCUCGACUGUGCAAUACGAAGUGUUAUUGACGGUAGUAAUAGUCAAGAGAUUGUACCCUCUCAAGUGAAAACCGCCUUCGCUUGGAUCAAGUUUCUUUCUUCGCUGACGAAAGCAAUUGUUUGCAACACGUCACGUCCAUCAAGCUUCCUCUUGUGCGCAACCCAGUUGAUACCAGUGGAUCCGGCAGAGUGGUGGUCAAAUAAGCAACUUGUCUCAUGGAAUUGACGCUAACAGAGGGACAAAUAGCAGAUUUUAAGGAGGCGUUCUCGCUUCUUGAUAAAGACGGUGAUGGCACCAUAACCACAAAGGAGCUUGGGGUUCUAAUGAGGUCCCUGGGUGAAAAUCCAACCGAGCAGGAACUGGAAGAGAUCAUCUUAGAAAUCGACAUGGACGGCAAUGGCAUCAUUGACUUCAGAGAAUUUCUUCACUUGAUGAACACCCGGAUGAAAGAAACAGACACCGAAGCAGAAAUACGAGAAAUGUUCAAAGUUUUUGACAUGGAUGGUAACGGGUACAUCAGCGCUGAAGAAUUCAAGUGGACUAUGAUGAACCUUGGUAACCAGUUGACUGAGGAGGAGGUCAAUGAGAUCAUCAAAACGGCUGAUUUGAACGGUGACGGACAAAUUGAUCUUGAAGAGUUUGUGAAAAUGAUGUCCUCCUAAGCCACCCCGUGCUAUUAGCAUUAUGUAAUGGUUUGAUAGUCGUGCAGUGGACACUCAAGAC